GAGGUGGGCACACCAGAAGUGUUUAGAUAUGGAAGUGGUUCCUAAUCAAGAGAAUAAACGCAGCAUGUUGUUGCCCGGAACUAUCAGUAAACUGCGGUUCCUGUCUCUGUCAAAGGAAUUUUUUGUGAGUCAAGUAGCCUAUAGCAAGUCCAAAGGAGAUGAGAGUGUCUUGACCAUGGACGAGAGUUAUGCCAUCCUCAUGAACAUGGUGGUCCCAGGCUCCUACCCGAUGCCGGAGGGCUUCAGUAUCUCUACCAAGCAGCGCACUAUGGUGGAGUUGAAGCGGCUGAUUCGCCGGUUGUUCAACCCUCUCGGUACAUACCAGGCAGUUACACCUCAGAGUCCCAGGCUAGACAAACUAACUGUCCUGCCCGGUCCCGCACUAACUGCUCCCUUCGGCUGCAAAAACUUUGCCUUAGACCUCCUCGUCAGCAAGGAUAUAACUCUCUACGGUAUCCAAGUUCCUACGUUUUUCCCUGGUAUGAUGGGGGCUGCACCCAAACUCUAUGAAGAGACUUACAUUGUUUCGAUCCAAAAUGCUUCGAAACCCAACAAACCUAUGGUCGGUUCAAUCAACUACAGUGGGAAAGUCGCCUACAACUCUUUUGUCGAUCUGCAUUUCAAGGAGUCAGUCAAGCUUGAGAAGAAUAACACGUAUACAGUGAUUGUAUACACAAACAACACCUACUAUUUGAACCAGAAGAUGUGUACGGUCGAGGAAUCGUUCGGAAUCAAGUUUUCACUGAAAGACAGCGUAUCUUUAUUUGGAAAGCCAGGCAAGCAUGAUUUUGCAUUUAUUUCACAACUCAUUUAUUCUGUGUAGACAAUUUUUGUUUCCUAUAGGCUGAAUCGUGAUGUUAAGAUAAGUGUUGUUUUUGGCUAGUUUUCAUUUUUAUUUGUUAUUAUUUUCUUUAAGAUAUUUUUAGUUUUUAUACAAUGACUUGUGUCAUUGAAGUAUAAUCAGUAGCAGUAAACUUUCUCUUUAGUACCGGUAAUUAGUUUGAUGCAACCACACCUUGUUUAAAUUACCCUUAAGCUGGUAUUUAUUCCAAAGACUACUAUCCUUAACAUUAUUCUUUGUGAGAGCAGAUUUUUAGCGAAUUUCGCUACAGGGAAUUAGCUAUUACGGUAGGUGGACCUAGGCCCGGGACCGAUUGACUUUCUCAUUUUGAUGUCUCCAGAGGCCAAAAACACCAUUCGUUCAAAUUUAUAUAUAUAUAUAUGCGCGUCCAUGAUAACUUGAGUCAUUUUGAUGAAAUUUGGUUUAAAGGUGUAAGGCAGGAUAAACUUGAAUGAGUUCGCGAACCAGCAUUGAUCGGACCAUGGGAACGGGGUUUAACGGGGGUUUUGUGGAGUAAAAAUUGGUUUUUCUCAUUUUUGACCCUCACAACACAAACUUGUCGAAUAUCUCUCUAGGCCUUUUUAAAGAGCUUAAAAAUAUAAUAUAUGAUUAAUCUUUAUUCACUAUGUUUACUACUGUAUCAAUUAAACACUGCAUUUAAUUUUAUAAAGAAUUUUUUCACCUUUCCUGUAACAAUUAUGAUCCAUUUUAGCCAUGUUUUAGCUAUAGUUAUGUUAAAACAACAAUAUGUUCUGUUUAAUCAGAACUAUUCAAUAGUCCGAAAUACCCCAGGUCCCGAUUAGUUCGGAUUAAAGAGGUUCUACCGUAUUCCCUUUAUGGGUAAUUUGAUAAAAAAUGCAUCAAUUUGUCUCCUAAAGGCUCUAAACUUAGGUAAUCUUUUGAGGAAUUAUUGCAACAAUCCGUUUUCCACUAUAACAAUUUUAACCAGAAUAUUUAGUUUCAAGCUUGAUUUGUAAGAAUUCCCAAUGAUUUGCUAGAUUGAACAAUAAUGAUUGUAUAUAGGCCUAGAGCUAUGUAAUAUGUUUAGAUCCUAACAUAUCAGAUUAUGUAUUCAUGCUGUGUUGUUUUUUAGCAUAAAAAGUAAAACCAUUUUUGA